GCAAGGCAGCGCCGGCAGCCGCGGCGGAGCAUGGAGCGCUGCUCUCCUCCUCUGCCGGAGCAGGAAGCGCUGGAAGCGUGGCUGGAUGAUCACGGCGACUUCGCCCGCUCUUACUUUGUUAGAAAAGCUACGAGAGAAAUGGUUAAUGCAUGGUUUGCUGAGAGAGUUCACACCAUCCCAGUCUGCAAGGAGGGAACCAAGUCCCAGAACGAAGCCUGUGCCUGUCACCAGCCCGCCUGUGCCGAGACCACCAGCUCUGGGACACCAGCGAGGAAAAUCUCCGCUUCUGAAUUUGACAGACCCUUGAGGCCUAUUUUUGUCAAGGACUCGGUAGGAGCAGUGAGCUUCCUCUCUGGCUCUGACAAGAAGGAACAGAUGCCUCUGCAAUCUCCAAGGACUGAGACCAGUGCAGGGGAUCAGUGCUCGAGACUGUUAGAACUUGUGAAAGAUAUUUCUAGUCACUUAGAUGUCACAGCGCUUUGCCAUAAGAUCUUCCUACAUAUCCACGAGCUGAUCGCAGCCGACCGCUAUUCCCUGUUCCUGGUGUGUGAGGACAGCUCCAACGAGAAGUUUCUCGUGAGCAGGCUGUUUGAUGUGGCAGAAGGAUCCACCCUGGAAGAAGCUUCCAACAACUGCAUUCGCCUGGAGUGGAACAAGGGCAUUGUGGGUCAUGUGGCAGCCAUAGGGCAGCCUCUCAACAUCAAGAAUGCCUAUGAGGAUCCAAGAUUCAAUGCAGAAGUUGACCAGAUCACAGGGUAUAAGACUCAGAGCAUUCUCUGUAUGCCAAUAAAGAAUCACAGGGAAGAGGUUGUUGGUGUGGCUCAAGCAAUCAACAAGAAAUCUGGAGUUGGCGGCACUUUCACUGAACAAGAUGAAAAGGAUUUUGCAGCGUAUUUGGCAUUUUGUGGAAUUGUUCUUCACAACGCUCAGCUGUACGAGACGUCGCUGCUCGAGAACAGGCGCAAUCAGGUGCUUCUUGACCUUGCCAGCCUGAUUUUUGAGGAGCAGCAGUCUUUGGAAGUGAUCCUGAAGAAGAUAGCAGCCACUAUAAUAUCCUUCAUGCAGGUGCAGAGGUGUACCAUCUUCAUAGUGGAUGAAGAUUGUCCUGAUACAUUUUCUAGUGUCUUUCACAUGGAAUCUGAGCAAUUAGAGGAUUCAGCUGAAAAUCUGAAGAGGGACUAUGACACAAACAAAAUCAAUUACAUGUAUGCUCAGUAUGUCAAGAAUACAAUGGAGCCACUCAACAUCCCAGAUGUCUGCGAAGACAGAAGAUUUCCAUGGACAAAUGACAAUGUAGAAAAUGUAAGUCGGAGCAUCAAGAGUUUGCUGUGCACACCAAUAAAAAAUGGGAAAAAGAAUAAAGUGAUAGGGGUCUGCCAGCUUGUGAAUAAGAUGGAAGAAAAAUCAGGAAAAAUCAAGGCUUUCAACAGAAAUGAUGAAGAGUUCCUAGAAGCAUUCGUCAUCUUUUGUGGCCUGGGGAUCCAGAACACGCAGAUGUACGAGGCUGUGGAAAGAGCCAUGGCCAAACAGAUGGUGACAUUAGAGGUUCUCUCAUACCAUGCUUCUGCUGCUGAGGAGGAAACGAGGGAGCUGCAGGUAACAGUGGCUGCUGUAGUGCCAUCUGCACAAACUCUCAACCUGACUGACUUCUACUUCAGUGACUUCGAGCUGUCAGACUUUGAGACAACACUGUGUACAAUUCGAAUGUUCACAGACCUCAACCUGGUGCAAAAUUUCCAGAUGAAACACGAGGUUCUCUGCCGAUGGAUUUUAAGUGUGAAGAAAAACUAUCGGAAGAACGUUGCUUAUCACAAUUGGAGGCACGCCUUUAACACAGCCCAGUGCAUGUUUGCUGCUCUGAAAUCUGGGAAAAUUCAGAGUAAACUGACUGACUUAGAAACGCUGGCUUUGCUGAUAGCGACUCUGAGCCACGAUCUGGACCACAGGGGAGUGAACAACUCUUACAUACAAAGAAGUGAACAUCCACUGGCUCAGCUGUAUUGCCACUCAAUCAUGGAGCAUCAUCAUUUUGAUCAAUGCCUCAUGAUCCUGAAUAGCCCAGGAAAUCAGAUUCUCAGCAGCCUUUCCAUUGAAGAAUACAAGGCUACACUGAAAAUGAUAAAACAAGCCAUUCUUGCCACAGAUCUGGCACUAUACAUCAAGAGGAGAGGAGAAUUUUUCGAACUUCUAAGGAAGAAGCAGUUUAAUUGGGAAGAUCCCUCACAAAAGGAGCUAUUUUUAGCAAUGCUGAUGACUGCUUGUGACUUGUCAGCCAUAACCAAACCAUGGCCAGUUCAGCAACGGAUUGCUGAGCUUGUGGCUACAGAGUUCUUUGAUCAAGGAGAUAAAGAGCGGAAGGAACUCAACAUAGAACCCACGGAUUUAAUGAACAGAGAGAAGAAAAACAAAAUUCCCAGCAUGCAGGUUGGAUUCAUAGAUGCUGUUUGUUUGCAGCUGUAUGAGGCACUAACACACGUGUCAGAGGCCUGUUCACCUUUGCUGGAUGGCUGCAGAAAAAACAGGCAGAAAUGGCAAGCCUUGGCUGAGCAGCAAGAGAACCUGAUAAAUGGAGAAAGCAACCAAGGCAAACGGAACUGA